AUGUCAACAGGCUAUGAACGAAUUGAUCAAGAAACACUUAGAAGAGAUGAUUAACUAAAUGGAUUAUUAUAGAGAAUCAGAGAGGAUGUGAUGAAAGGCUAUAUUGUCGAGGUCAAAACUAGAGCCAAUACCUAGAAUCAAUUAGACAACAACUCUAAAUAAAGUUCUAGAUUAUCGUCAAUGAGUAAUUCGAUAGUUAAACAACCGAUGAUUUAAUAAAAUGAUUAAGUUAAGGACUUAAAUGAAAUCGUUCUUGCUUCAUAACGGGAUCAAUAAUAAAUUUCAAAGAUUUCUAAAACAUUCAGCGCCUCUCCUCCUAAAGUCAGAAGUGAGAUAGUUAAACCUAUUGUAAUGAACUUUGAAUUAUCUCCUGAUUAAACCUAUAAUACUAUUCCAAUCAAGGAGGAACUUUAAACUCCCAAAACCAUUUCUCAAUAAUUGGAUGAAAUAGAAAAUUAAGCGAAUUCUGGUGAUCUUCAAACCUAUAUUAAAAGUUUAAAGUCAAUAAAUUCUUAGCUCUAAAAGGAGAUAAUUGAAAAUGAUCAUGAUUGCAAUUAUAUGCUCACCUAAGCAGUAUAGACUGUUAGAACUAUGUGUUUAUUGACAAAAUUUUAUAAAUAAUUAGGCGAUUUCAAGAACGCUAUUAAAUAGUUAAAAUCCAUUCAGAAACAAUUCAAGAUUUUAGAACCAAACUUAGUAGGAAAAAUUCUCAUUGAAUUAGGAAAACUACACUUUCUUAAUCAAACCUAUUAAACUGCUCAAUCCACAUUUUAUGAAGCUCUCAAACAUUAUGAAAAAUUGGAGUGGAAGUCUGAUAUAGCUCACAUUUUGCUUUGGAUGGCUAAAUUGCAUGCUUGGACAAGGAAUUUUGAUCUCUCAAAAAAAUUAAUUUAUGGUGCGAUAGCCAUGCUUAAGGAAUUCCUUCCAGAAGAUCACGAAUCAAUAGCUGAAGCCUAUGUUGCUUUAGGAGAAUGCAGUUAUAUUUAAAAACAAACAGAUGAAGCUAUUGAAUUUCUGAUGAAGGCAGUCAACAUUAAACAUAAAAUCUAUAAGGAUUAUAAGAAUCUCAAAUUUGUUGAAGUUUUCAAUCUUUUAGGACUGACAUAUGGAUUAGUACCAGAUGUGUAAUAAUCACUCAAUUACUUUAUAUAAGCAUUAUAAUGUUUUCAAUAUAACUGUGUUUAAAGAGCAUAAAUACUUAAUAAUAUAGCAGUUGUCUAUCAAGCAUAAGGAGAUGCAGAUAAAGCUAGCAAAUGCCAUUUCAGGGCCAAAGAAAUUUACUCCACUUUUUUACCAAAUUAGCAUAAUUAGAUGUAAAGAUUAAUUUUAAAUUAAACUUGUCUAUCUCCCCCUAUGUGA